UGUAUUUCCAAACAACGGGCAGGGACAGGAAAAGCCACGUUGACGAAAUCACAAAAGUUACACAGCAGAGGAACCGAGCACAGAUUGCAUUUAGGAAAGAAAAGGAAGCUGGAAAAAAUAUAUAAAAAAUCAUUCCGUUUUUACUUUCUUAGCAAGCAUUCGUAGUUAACAGCCAUGUCCUCGCCUCCUCAAGCGAAAGGCGAAAUGAAAGGCGGACAUCUCCCUGCAGUGAAGGCAGGUGGGAUGAGGAUAGUCCAGAAACACCAGGUCACCGUCCCUGAACCCGAGAAGGAAAAAGAGAAAGAGAAGGAGGAGAACGAGGGCGAAGAGACGGAGAAAACCGGACCACCCAAGCCAACUGUGAUUGUCUCAGGAGUCGUAACAAAGGGGGACCGGGACUUCACGCCGGCGGCGGCGCAGGUGGCCCACCAGAAGCCCACGCCCUGCGUGGAGAAGCUGCCUUCCGCCCACCACAUCAACCAGCACAUCCACCAGCCCCGCAAGUGAGCCACCAAUCAGACGCCGGCACUCAGGUUACCCAGGGAUACGUCGCCCACAUUCCACCCAUCCGCCCCCACGAGAAGCGGGCCCCCGUCAGUAACGCUACUCUACGCCGGGCAGACGCGUGGUCAUGCUCCACGCUAAUUACCUUUCCUUUCUCCCCCAGUUUAAGACAUAUACACCACAUACUUGUGCCAAACAAAGUUAAGUGAACUGAUUCCAGGGUUUAUUACAUUAGAUUAUUAAUUUUAUGAUUUAUCUUCAAAUUACUUUUGGGACGAGUUGAAUUGUUAAAAAAAUGUAUAAAAAUCCCCACAAAAAAAAAAAAAACGUAAUUAAAUCAUGUUUAUUUCAUGCUGGAAUUAAGUACAGAUCAUGAGGCAUUGGUUUGUCUUUUUUUCCUCUGGUUUUAAAAUGUUGACAAUUAUUUUAAGAAAUAAAAUGAAUAAGUGGAAAGA